CGGCGCGGCGGGAGGGCGUGAGGGAGGGCGGGCGUGCGGCGGACGGUCGGACGGUCGGGGUGAGAGGAUGUGAAGAUGGCGGAGCUGCAAAUGCUGCUGGAGGAGGAGAUCCCGGGGGGGCGCCGGGCCCUGUUCGACAGCUACACGAACCUGGAGCGGGUGGCCGAGUACUGCGAGACCAACUACAUCCAGUCAGCAGAUAAGCAGCGAGCCCUAGAAGAAACCAAAGCCUACACAACCCAGUCAUUAGCAAGCGUAGCCUAUCUGAUCAACACUUUGGCAAACAAUGUUCUUCAAAUGCUGGAUAUCCAGGCAUCUCAACUUCGACGCAUGGAAUCUUCGAUCAACCAUAUUUCACAAACGGUGGACAUUCACAAAGAGAAAGUUGCUAGAAGAGAAAUUGGUAUCUUGACUACAAACAAAAACACCUCAAGAACUCACAAAAUCAUUGCACCAGCUAACUUGGAGCGACCAGUUCGCUACAUCAGGAAACCUAUUGAUUAUACAAUUCUAGAUGAUAUUGGACAUGGAGUGAAGUGGUUGCUUAGAUUUAAGGUCAGCACACAGAAUAUGAAGAUGGGUGGGUUGCCACGUACAACACCACCCACCCAGAAGCCACCAAGUCCACCAAUGUCAGGAAAAGGAACUAUUGGGCGUCACUCUCCUUAUCGUACGCUGGAGCCAGUACGUCCCCCGGUGGUACCAAAUGACUACGUGCCUAGCCCGACGCGCAAUAUGGCUCCCUCACAGCAGAGCCCUGUUAGAACGGCUUCUGUGAACCAGAGGAAUCGCACAUACAGCAGCAGUGGGAGUAGUGGAGGAAGCCACCCAAGCAGUCGGAGCAGUAGUCGUGAGAACAGUGGAAGUGGCAGCGUGGGUGUUCCUAUUGCUGUUCCCACACCAUCUCCUCCCAGUGUCUACCCAGCCCCUGCUGGCUCGGCUGGCACUUCUCCCCUUCCUUCUACCUCUGCUCCUGCCCCCACCCCUCCUGCUCCAGCCCCUUCCUCCUCUACCCCAGAUGCUGCUGCUGCUGCAGGAGCCCAGCCCCUUGCUGAUGGCUUCACCUCUCCAACUCCCCCUGCUGUUUCUUCCACGGCCUCUACAGGCCACCCAGUUCAGUUCUACAGCAUGAACAGGCCUGCGUCUCGACAUACACCACCAACAAUAGGGGGAUCUUUGCCAUAUCGGCGUCCUCCUUCGAUCACGUCACAGACGAGCCUUCAGAACCAGAUAAACGGAGGACCUUUUUAUAGCCAGAACCCAGCAUCCCUUGCUCCUCCUCCCCCCUCCAUCCUACAGGUAACUCCGCAGUUACCACUAAUGGGAUUUGUUGCCAGAGUUCAAGAAAACAUUUCAGAUACUCCUCCCCCGCCCCCACCUGUGGAUGAGCCAGUGUUUGAUGAGUCUCCGCCGCCACCCCCACCUCCAGAGGACUAUGAGGAGGAAGAGGCAGCAGUGGUGGAGUACAGUGAUCCGUACGCAGAGGAGGACCCUCCCUGGGCACCGCGUACCUACUUGGAAAAGGUGGUAGCCAUCUAUGACUACACGAAGGACAAAGAAGAUGAGCUCUCAUUUCAGGAAGGUGCCAUCAUUUAUGUCAUUAAGAAGAAUGACGAUGGUUGGUACGAAGGGGUCAUGAAUGGAGUGACGGGGCUCUUCCCAGGGAACUAUGUGGAGUCCAUCAUGCAUUACUCAGAGUGAAGACUAGAGGACAGAGCGCUGCGUCUCCUGCAGGAGCUGUCAGGGCUUCCUCAUCUCUACCAGCCUCUGGGGCCCCAUCCAAAAUAGCAGAAUGAAGGAUAAUUGUAACAACCACUCUUUUUUUUUUUUUUUUUUUUUUUCCUCCUCAUUAUAAAACAGUAGUGUUUUGAGUUGUUUGAACAAACGGCUCUUCCAGUUGCCAGCAGAGGCUAUCGUGAGCAAUCUGAUGCUGAAGUAAGCUGACCCAUUCAGAUCUAACAAACUCAUUGAUUAGCUAUUAUGUCCUUCACUCCCAUUCUGACUUCUUGACAGGCUCUGGGAUCUCUCUCAGGAAUCCUGUGCACCAUGGUGGCACUACAUUUGGCAGCAGUGCCUGGCACUGGGGAUGUCCUGGAUGCUUGUGGUGAAGGGUUGCUGGCUGGUGGAUGUCCUUUCUUCUACACUACACUCCUGUGCAGCUGGAAAAAUGCUUGUGUGUUAGCAAACACAGGGAUUUGUAUGCAAAGUUGUUCAUGUAUCUGACUUCCUUACAGUUGGUUCCAUCUUUAGCAAAAACACUUCUGCAGCUGCUCUGCUUUUAUAGGCUGACACAGGCACGCAGAGCUGGCUUUGGUUCACUCACCCUUUAGUUUAGACAAUUCUGAUGGCUGCAGCCCAGAGGACCCUCACCCCCAUCUCCUCAUCUUUUGAAUGCAACAGGUUUGGUUUUGGUCAUGCGCUGAUGUGAAUGUGCUGCUCCACACCAAGCUACCUGCCAUGGGUGCUGCUGGGUUGUCCGGAACUCACAGAUGCCAUUGACAGUGAAGGUGAAAUUUACAGGUCCUCCUGGGGUCUGAGGAUAAACUCUAGGAGCUGUGAUCUAAGGUUCAGAUCUACUCACACCUGCUUGCACUAGAGAAACAUACCCCCAACUUUAGUCUUAUGCACAAUAUAAUCUUAAAAAUCCAAUCAGGUAUUGUAAAUUGGCUUUUUUGUACUUGAUGACUAGAUUUGCAUAUGUACUUUGAGAGCCCUGUGCAGAGGCAGGACAAACGGCAAUUGUCGUCUUCAUGUCUAUUGCCAAAAUCUCUUAAGUGGAAGUAAAAAGGGCUGUUGUUGUGUACUGGUUUCCCAUGGAAAUCCAAGCAGUAACUAGAAGUAGUCCUAGCUCUUCUCCUAGUCUUCUCCAAUGUUUAUUAUGAAGAAAUAGGUAUUUUAACUGUACUUGUGGAUCCAGGGUGGAGUAAUAACAAGUGGAGGCCCUGGGCUGAUAGUUUGCUUUUUAAGUCUCUGUUAAAAAUGCUGCUCGGUGAUUGUCAGUGUAAUAUGAUGGCUAUGCUAGUCUGCCCUCAGGAAGGACUAAAUGCUGCCUUUGGUUGAACGUCAUGCAUUAUCAGGACAAACCAAUUAAACCUGCUGUUGUAGUCCUGCUGCUCCACAAGUGGAGCUGACCUCUGUACUGCCGGAGCCUCCUGGGCCAGGGACACAGUCCUGACUGACAUCUGACCAGGUUCCAGCCAACACUAACUGUCAAAGGCAAGGUAGUGCUGCAGCUUUCUUCUGAAGCCUGUGUGUAAAACAGCAGUACAGAGAGCGCUGCCGGCGCUGAGUUUGUGAUGAUAUUGGCAGUGGGGCUGGGUACUUGACACGAGCCCCCUGCCCCUCCUUGGUAGGCAGUGCAGUGCCAGUUGGAGGCACACGUUUGGUACAGACUCGCUCAGGGAGAAGCGGUAGCUGCUCAAGGGGGAAGAAACAGACGGUGUGCUUGUAGGAGGUGAGUGAACUUGAUCACCUGCUGUGAGCUCGCAGAAGAGCGUGUUAAUCCUGUGACAGUGAGUAAAGCUCAGUGGAAGCCUACAAGAAGUACAGCUUUGAAGGAACCUGUGCAAACAUAGAAGUUACUUUCUCCCCUGUUCAGUCCACAGCUGUGUAGCCAAAACACUAGUCUUUUCUUUCUGGAAGUUGGCAGCAUUACUGUUUGGAAUAGAUGUUAGCCAGGAGAGAUGCUUUUCUACUUUCCUUUGCAAAAGCUUCUGUCUUACAGCAAGAUCAGCAGAAGCCACGUUCAGUUCCUUCAGCCCAUCAUUUCUCUAGGAGCACACCUACAAACACUGGUUGUGCUGUAGCUGGGAUGUGUGUUUCCAGCAUCACAGGUUGUGCCUACACUUUUUGCACAGGUCAGUGGUUCUUGCAGCCUGGCUAGAGAGUGGGGUGACUGCACUGCAGCAGUGCUCCAGAGCCACCCCCUAAGCACCAAAGAAUUGUGUUUUCCAGGACCAUCAAAGCUUCCCUGGCUUCUUCUGUCCUGGUUGUGUUUUUGGUGAUGACAGCACACAGUGCUCAAAUGUACUGAGUUAUGGCAGCCUAAUGAGUCUACAUGACAGCUAAUAUUCUCUUCUUGUGCACCCACAUUCCAGCUGGGAGGUGAUGAAUUGGUGGAAUGUGUCUUUAACUCAGUCUGUCAAGAGCAUGUGCUUGUUGAAUACUUCUGACAGACAGGUGGUGGCUGUGUUUACUUGCAUAGUGUGUGAUACACUCACCUGGUUGUGUAUCAUGUAAGUUUCGUGUGUUGAGAGCUGCCAAAGCAGAGCAGUGUGAACUCCAGAAAGUGCUGCAUACUUGUUGGAGCUCAGGACAGAAGAUGAAACUGCAAAACCUUGAAGGUGAAAUGUGGGAAGCUCCAUGGAAGGCUGGUUUUGAGAGGUUAGUCUGGUCUCUGUUGAUAGCAUUUAGUUUUUUGUUCUCUAAGAGCUGCUGUGGAUGGAAUUUCUGGGUCACCUCCUGCUGGUUUUAUGCUUUAUUAUGCAGUACUAAUGCAAAGAAAAGAGUUUUAUGCAUACUUUUUAUUUUGUACAGAUCUUAAUUCCGUAGUUUGUUUGGGGAUGAUGUGAUGUUAUGUUCAUAGACCAGGCCAAGGUAAACAAGCUUUUUGUAUUAAUGUUGCCUAGACUGCAUGCUUGCAAAGUCAAAGUCAGUGAGGGUUGUGUUUUUAAUUUUGUCCCUUGUACAUCUCCUUUUCAGAAACCUUCCUUCCCCACUUU